UUAAGUGAUGCUGAAUCAAACCUCAGUCACUGAAUUUCUCCUUCUGGGGAUAACAAACAUCCAAGUACUGCAGCCUUUGCUCUUCGUGGUUUUCCUCACAAUUUAUUUUCUCAAUUUGUCUGGGAAUGGAGCCAUCCUGAUGGUUAUCAUCUCUGAUCCAAGACUCCAUUCCCCUAUGUAUUUUUUCCUGGGAAAUCUGUCGUGUCUAGAUAUCUGCUACUCCACGGUGACACUGCCAAAGAUGCUAGAGAACUUACUCUCUACAAACAAAGUGAUUUCUUUCUUGGGAUGCAUAAGUCAGCUUCACUUCUUCCACUUUCUGGGCAGUACCGAGGCCAUGCUGUUGGCUGUAAUGGCCUUUGACCGCUUUGUGGCUAUCUGCAAACCACUUCGUUACCCUCUUAUCAUGAAUCAUCAGCGCUGUACCCAGAUGGCUGUCACUAUCUGGACCAUUGGUUUUUUCCAUGCCCUGCUGCACUCCAUAAUGACCUCUCGCUUGAACUUCUGUGGAUCCAACAAUAUCCAUCACUUCUUCUGUGAUGUUAAACCAUUGUUGGAGUUGGCCUGUGGAAACACUAGGCUCAACCAGUGGCUGCUCAAUACUGUCACAGGGACUUCUGGCAUGGGCUCAUUCUUUUUAACACUUCUCUCUUAUUUCUACAUUAUCAUCUAUCUUUUCGUCAAGACCCGUUCUUGCAGCAUACUUCACAAAGCACUAUCCACUUGUGCCUCCCACUUUAUGGUAGUAAUUCUUUUGUAUGCUCCUGCUGUCUUUACCUACAUUCGCCCUGCUUCGGACAGCUCCAUGGACCAGGACUGGGUCAUUGCCAUCAUGUACAGUGUGGUCACUCCUGUACUAAAUCCACUGAUCUAUACCUUGAGGAACAAGGAAAUAAAGGGAGCCUUGAGUAGAGUGAUCAGAAUGAGGCACUAACUUGAAGAAAUCUAGACAACUUUUCUGAGACAUAAAUAAACAGGCAAUGAGAAAGUUGAGAUAUGAAAUUGUACUGCUUCUCAAGUUGUUUACAAUAUGUAUAACAGAGGGAACUGAAUAAAGGGAAAAUAAACGGGAAAGUCCAGUCCUGCUGUGCUAAACAACACAUUCCUAGGUUUCAUAGGGAAAAGUUGAACAAAUG